AUGCUGUCGUUUCUACGGGCGCGAUGUCUCCGACGCUGCACAAACCCUCAUAAAAUAGAUUGCCGUGCACUCUCGUCGGCAUCAUUGGAUCCCACAGUACGCACCUACGCAAAUGAGCUGGCCAAGACGCAGCCGUGUUUCCCGAUGCUGGCCCGGCAGGUCAAUGUGCUAUCCCGGCCAGACCAGUUCCACGCACGUCUGUUAGACAUGAUACGGCGUGCGAGACGGCGCAUAUUCCUCUCGUCAUUGUACAUCGGCGAAAACGAACAUGAAUUGGUCUCUACGCUUCAUGAAGCCCUUGCGAACAACCCGACGCUCCGCCUUUCGCUCACCCUCGACCUUCACCGCUCGACUCGCCCAGGGCCAACCUCCACCGCCUCUCUUCUCCUGCCUCUGCUGCAAAGUUUUCCGGCUCGGACCGAAGUUCGCCUAUUUCGAAGUCCAAAGCUCAAAGGUCUAAUGGCGAAGGUUGUUCCACCACGGUUCAACGAAGGGUGGGGAACCUGGCAUGCGAAAGUGUACGGAGCAGACGAUGAAGUAAUGAUCAGUGGAGCUAACCUGAACAAAUCAUAUUUUGUCAACCGACAAGAUCGCUAUGUGUGCUUCACCGGCCAUCCUGCAUUUGCAGACUAUUGUGAAGCUUUCCUCGAUGCCGCCUCCUCGUUCUCCUACCGCCUUCUUCCGUGCAGUCUUAGGUCGUCGGCCAAGACCUCUACUGAACGAGAUGCAUCGGAGGCUGCCGAUGAAGACGCAACAGCCGAAGGCUACAGGGUGGUGUGGCCGUACCCCGACGCCCAUCCGCAUCAUAUUGAAGCAAAGGCUAAAUCAACUUUGUCUGCAUUGCAGGCAGCACACUUGUCUUCUGAACCGUUGCAAGAUUCCGCUGGCGAAGAUGAUGUCCUCAUUUUUCCGGUGAUACAAGCUGGCCAGUUUAAUAUUCGAGAGGAAGAACGUGCACUGUCCCUCCUCUUCCGAUACGUCAACGAGUAUUCGUGCUCUCAGGCGCCAUCUCGGACAGGAAGGGAAACUGGACUGCCCGUAAUGCAUCUUACAUCCGGAUAUUUCAACCUUCACGAACCGUACCAAUCUCUCCUUUUGAAUUCUGAAGUGCCGUGUACGAUUAUUGCCGCUGCACCCAAGGCGAACGGAUUCUUCGGCUCCUCCGGCGUAUCUGGGCGUAUACCUGAAGGUUAUACCAUCCUCGAAAGGCGUUUCAUGCGCGCCGUUCGUGAAGCGCGUAGAGACGAAGCCGAUGGGAUCAAGUUCAAAGAAUGGGAACGAGAUGGUUGGACGUAUCACGCGAAAGGUAUUUGGUUAUCGCCGCCUUCGUCAGCCGACUGGAGCACUCCAGCUCAAGGACCAAUCAUGACUCUCAUCGGUUCCACAAACCUCUCCUCGCGUUCUGCGAAUCUGGACACAGAACUGUCCUUCGUUUUGCUAACGUGCUCACCUUCUCUUCGGGCGCAGUUACAGAGAGAAGUCAAUGGAUUGCAGGGCAGCCUCGCUGCAGGAGAUCGUGUCCCCACAACAUCAGAGUCAAACCAGACAUGGACGAGAGACUGGAGAGGCGAGGAUGAAAGCCUGCCGGGAAGGAAGGUCAGGCUGGGGACGAGGGUGCUGGUUAGCAUGAUGGGAAGGAUGUUGUGAAUCAACCCGUCCUAACGAUGCGCGCAUGCCAUUACCAUUCUCAUAAUCGCAUAAUAGACAUCACUCGUUGAUACGGCACUGCUUAAUAACUUAUCCUAUCUUCCG